AUGGAUCCGGUGCUGGUUAUCGGUGGCUGCGGUGGCCUCGGCCAUACAAUCAUCAAGCAGCUGCUUCAAAAGGGGGACGCCUCUGAUAUCACGGCACUCGAUAUUACUACCAAGCAUAAUAUCGUUCCGGGAGCAAAGUAUAUCGAAGGCAGCUUUAGCUCUCCAACCGACAUUCGAGGCGUGCUCGAGCAAGUGAAACCGCGGGUGAUAUUUCAUACUGCGUCGCCUCUGUUGAUGCAGCAGAAGAACACCCAGGAGCUCUACGAAAAGGUCAACAUCGAAGGCAACCGUGAUCUGAUCCGGGCAAUCCGAGAGCAAGAGGCCAAAUCGGUCAAGGCCUUGGUGUAUACGUCCAGCUCGUCCGUUAUCCACAAUGGCUUCUCCCACAUCAUCGAAGCAACCGAAGACCUACCCAAGGUAUACUACCCCGAACAGCCAGAGUUUUACUCCCACACCAAAGCAGUCGCCGAAGACAUCAUCUUGGAAGCAAACCGGAAGGACGGGCUGUUGACCGUCGUUAUUCGCGGCACUACCUUGUUCGGUGAAGGUGAAGACGGAGUGAUACCCCAUAUGAUCGAUUCCGCAAAAUCAGGACGUAGCAAGAUACAAGUUGGCAACGGUGAAAAUCUAUUCGACUUUACAUACCAUGGAAACGCAGCUUAUGCGCAAGUCCUCGCAGCAAAGGCGUUGCUAAAUGCAUCCGGCUCGCCUGACCUACCACCAGAGGACCGACGGGUCGACGGUGAAGCAUUUGUAGUCACUAACGAUGAACAUGUUCCAUUCUGGAGCUUUGUACAUGCUGUGGCUGCUGCUGCUGGGUACCCGGUCGCAAAGAAGGACAUCAGGGUAGUGCCGUGGUAUAUCUUUUAUAUCAUGGCCGUGGUUGCAGAGUGGGCGGUAUGGUUGACCAGCCUUGGAGCUCGGGAAUCGAAACUUAACCGUAAGAUGGUUCGAUACCUUACCAUGACGCGAACGUUCGAUAUCACCAAGCUCAAGACUCGUCUGGGAUACCGGCCUCAGAUUGGGAUACACGAUGCCAUCAAUCAUUCUGUGGAAGAGUAUUUCAAGAAAUUCCCUGAGCAAAAGAGAGGCGGUAACUAG